AUGGAAAAUUCUUCCGACUCAAAGCCAACCACUAUUGAAUUUAAUGUUGAUCGUAGAUGUCCUAUUCAAUAUAUAACUGUUUACAAUGACCGUGCAGAAGUGACACGUUCAGUACAAUAUCAUUUUAAUGUUCAAGGUACUUAUGACCUUGUAUUCGAAGGUUUUUCACCAUCUGUUGAUUUAACAUCGUUACAUGUAAGUGGUGGAACGGGUAAAGCAUGCACAAUACUCGAAGUAUCUUAUCAAACACGACACGAAGAAGUCAAACUAGAUACCGAAUUGAAACCAUUAGAUCAAUUGCGAAAUGAAUUGGAUCAAAUUCAAAAAAAUCUUGACAAACAUCAACAAGAACUGGCACGAUUGGUAAAACAACGGACAUGGCUUGAUGGACGUGCCACAAAAUUAAUGAAUCAUGAUGAAAAAUUAAGUGGUAGUAAUGAUCUUGAUGUCAUGCAACAAUUUCUGGAAUUCUAUUACAAAAAUUUAACAAAAUUAGAUGAGGAAACAACCAAUGAACAGAAUCAUAUUAAACAAUUAACACAAGAGAAAGAUGGUUUCGAAGCUAAGAUCAGUCAAUAUGGUGCUGAGGGAGAAGCUCACCGUCAAAAAAUAAAACGCGAAGUCACUGUCACAGUUCACAUAGCAUCAGACAAUGUUGAUAUUGCUUUGGAAAUCUCCUAUUUGAUUAGCAACUGUUCAUGGAGAGCUAGUUACGACGUUCGAGUAAACAGUACUGAACUAGAACAACAAAAAACUCAAUUAACUUACUAUGGUAUUAUUGUCAAUCAAAGUCAAGAGAAUUGGUCAAACGUUCAGUUAUCACUAUCAACAGCAAAACCAUCACUCGGUGGUGCUCCACCGAAACUAGCAACACUGAGGAUCGGUUACGAAAUACCUCGGUAUGAUUACCGCAGAGAAAAUUUUGCCGGAUUCGGCGGAAGCUUCGGAGCUCCUAUGCUUAUGUGUGCGAAGAAAUCCCGUCCAUCAUCGAUGAUGCGUGCCUUUACAAGUCUUGGUUCAAGCUCGUUCAACGAACAAGAAGAAAGCACUGCAUCGCCUACAAUCAAUGUUUUAGCAGCUGAAACUGAAGCAAGCAUGUCAAGUUCGAGUUUUUCUAUACCUCGCCGAGCAACAAUCGAUGCUGAUGGAAAACCACAUAAAGUAACCAUUGGUGUACUUGACUUAAGUUCUACGUUUACCUACACAAUCAUACCGAAAUUAUCUUUACAUGCUUAUUUGAAAGCUACAACAACAAACACAUCAGACAAACAACUCCUUGCCGGACCUGCGGCCGUAUUUAUGGAUAAUAACUUCAUUGCCCACAGCUCAAUCGACAACGUUUGUCUAGGUGAUACAUUCGACUUACCAUUAGGAAUGGAUGCAAGUAUUAAAGUUGAAUAUAAACCUGUCAAGAAGGUUACAGAUACGCAAGGUUUAAUUUCUAAAAUCAAUUGCGAAAAUAUUUAUCAUGAAACACGCGUAGUUAAUACUAAAGCAACUGACGUGACUGUUUACAUUUACGAACAAGUCCCAUUAUCGUCAGAUGAGAAGAUCAGAGUAAAACUAUUGAUACCUGAUCUACGAUUAAAGGAACAAGCUUCAAAUUGUACAGUAACAAUGAACGACGCCAAUAAUGUCGAAUGGAAAUGGAUCCUACAGCCAAAAGGAGAAUGCCGAUGUCCGCUGAACUACACCGUCGAUUGGCCAAAAGACAAAAGAGUGGAAUAUAAAGAAGCCUGA